CAGAAAGUGAAAUUUCAAUCGGAGUAAAAGUUCUUGAGAAAUUAGUAUUUUUGUAAAAAUAUUGUUUGAGUUGAGUUAAUUUGUGUGUUAUGUGUUUGAUACAGUAUUUUUAAGCCACAGAGUAGGUCAAGGUUAAUAUAAUACUUACACAAUCUAAUUAAUUUAGUGAUAAGAAUGUACGAUUUUAAACUUUUUGCAAUUUUUAUGGCUUGGCACGUUUUUAAACGUGUUCAAAUUAGAGUGCGUGGAGCGCCAUUACUAAUAUCCCCACUUCUUAAUAUGGCAACAACUAGGCAACUGCGGUGUUGCCAUCACUACUCUUUGAUAACUAAAUUAAGUUUUUUUCUUUUAUUUACUAGAAAUGUGAAUGCACCAAAUGCACUUGAAUCAAAUUUAACUCUAAGCUUUAUGAAAUAACUUAUUGCACCAAUAAACGUGUUUAAAUAGUGAAGAAAUCGAAAUUAUACUUAUUAAGUAUUGCAGUAUGAUGUUCGUGAAGCAUCCUGUACAACGAGCGCGCAGCAAGCCGUGCACAAGCCACAAAACAAAAUGUCACUGUGAUUGUUGUUGACAUUUAAUACAAUAUCAAAUAAAUAAAGCACCGCUGGCCGAAACAAUACCCAAUUACUCAUUGCCAUCAUCGUGUCAUCGAUCACAGCAGCGAGGCCGUGACGCACCCGCCGGAAAGUACGUGCGAAAAAUAUUACGCGAUUGUUAUCGCCGAGUGUGUUUUGUUCCAGCGGCCGCCUGGAUGUCUAAAGUGAUUCGCGCGUUACAUGCAGAGCCGGUGUACGAUAAUCGCGUUUCGUUAUGUAAUUAGAUUGUAAUAAGCACUUAAUGGGCUAGGCGUCCGCUGCAGAAGUCGUCAUCAUGUCCACCGCGUCCAACGGUAACCUCAAAGUGCGCGGACCUGGCAGGCCACCGAAGAAGGUAAUUGCAUGUACGUGGUGCAAUGAAGGCAAACUACCGCUGAAGUACGUCCUGCCGACCGCCAACGGCAAGAAGGAGUUCUGCUCGGACACCUGCCUCGCCGAAUUUCGCAAGGCCUACACUAAAGGAGCCUGUCUACAGUGUGAUAAUGUUAUUCGAGGUGGGAACAAUCCUAGCAAAGAUUACUGCUCAGUGGUAUGCAUGAACAAACACCAGAAGAAAGCAGAUCCUGCUAGUAGGAUACUGGCGGUGGCACCAACCACCACAUCAGAUUCCGGCUCACCGGGACCGUUUCAAUAUGAAACUUUUAUUACAUUUGAUUGGGAUGAGUACCUAAAAGAAACAAGCAGUGUGCCGGCACCACACAGUUGUUUUAAACAGAGUGUUGAUCCGCCACAGAAUGAUUUUAAAGUUGGAAUGAAACUAGAAGCGUUGGAUCCGCGAAAUGUAACGUCAACGUGCAUCGCGACUGUGAUUAGUGUUUUGGGGCCUAGGUUGCGAUUACGGUUAGAUGGGAGUGAUAAUAAGAACGAUUUUUGGCGACUGGUAGAUUCCAGUGAGAUUCAUCAUAUUGGACAUUGUGAAAAGAAUGGUGGAAUGCUGCAACCACCUUUAGGUUUUCGUAUGAAUGCGAGUUCAUGGCCUAUGUUUCUAUUGAAAACAUUGAAUGGUGCAGAGAUGGCACCGUCGAAAAUAUUCCUCAAAGAACCGCCUGGUCCUAAAACAAACCUCUUCCAAGUGGGGCAGAAACUGGAGGCGGUAGAUAAGAAGAAUCCGCAGUUGAUAUGCACUGCGACAAUCGGUGCUAUUAAAAAUGAACAGAUUCAUGUUACUUUUGAUGGUUGGCGCGGUGCGUUUGACUACUGGUGUCGUUUCGACAGUAGAGAUAUUUUCCCCGUGGGUUGGUGUGCCAAAUCUGGUCAUCCUAUGCAACCCCCGGGUCAGAAACAAAAUGCUGGUGCGAAUAGAUUCAAACCGAAGACGCUUGUGAGUCCGAUGGUGACGCCGACGAGCACGCCAACUGUAACCUCGACGGUAACCACAGCGGAAGUACAAUUACACGCUGAAGCGGAUACUUCAGGACCACCCUUACCACCUGUGGUGUUGUAUAUUCACAAACCUUGCCUUGGUGGUCCAUAUAUAGAUAUAGCAGAGCUUCCGGUCAAGUUGGAAGAUACCAGUAUGUUGGCACUAACUAAAAAAAUGGUUUCGGCCAUUUUGAAAGCCUCAAAUAAAGCUGAAGUGAUUUUGGCAAAGUUGGGUGCACUUAGAGGAGAGGAAAUUGCAAUCGGCUAUAAUGGUACGACGUAUACGAUUAAAUUACCACUGGUGGUGAAGACCAGCGACUAUGAAGCGGUUUUCCAGGCGUUGAGCGCGAGUCUGGGAUGCUGCGCGCAAUUGUUUAGCUUGAAAUCAACGCGUAGUUCGUGUGCGAAUUGUGAUAUUCGACCGCCGCCGACGAAGAAGAAAGCUGAGCAGGAAGCGGCUACUUCGACGACGCCGAGCGAUGCGCCGACGCUGUCAACAUCGCCGAUUGCGCAUUUGAAUAAAAUUCCUACACAGGAGUGGGGUAUUGAAGAAGUGAUUCAAUAUAUCGAUUCAAUUGAUCCCUGUCUUGGUGUACAUGCGGAUUUAUUUAGGAAACACGAAAUUGAUGGUAAAGCUCUCUUACUACUCAACUCGGAUAUGAUGAUGAAGUAUAUGGGAUUAAAGCUGGGCCCGGCGCUGAAGAUUUGCAACCUGGUGGCGCGACUGAAAGGCAGACGGCAUCAAUAAUGGCCGCCAUUAGUGCACCAUUGCGACUCUUAAUGUGUAGACGUGAUUUGCUUCAUUGUGAAUGAAGUAAAUCAGGGCUUAUCGCAAUUGCAGUUGACAUAAUUUGCGCUUAAACAUUUGAAUAUUACAUUACGAGUGUUUUCUCAGUACGUUAUCCGUUAAUGUAUAAAGCGAGGAUUUAUUUUUGUAAAAAAGUGCAUUAGUGAUUAGAGCGGUUAAUUAGAUAUCUCAAUAUCAUAAAUAAUAUCGAAAUAUGUAGAAUUACACUUUAGGUGGACACACAUACGACACCAACCAACAAUGAACGAUGAACUCAGUGAAUUAAAUUAUUAUCAAAUCGUUACUGCACUAAAUGCCGCUUACGAAAUGAAAUUUUAAAAAUUAUUGUGAAACAUGUACAUACCAAAUGUGUGAACGUUGGAUUCUUGUUUAUCUAUGUUUACGUCGAUUAUUCGCAUACUAAGGCAUUAUUUUUCCUUAAUCUUAAAGUUAGUUACUUGUACUUUUGUUAUAUUUAAUGUAACAAGAUUUUUGUAUCAUUAUUAUUAUUAUUAUUAUUAUUCAUAGUAA